AUACCCGACGACUACGACGAGAUGACAAGCGACGCCAGCAGCUCUGCACCCGCUGAAGACUCAGAAGGAGUUAGUCAGGACAGUGAUGGAUCUCUCCCAAGCUCCGACGACGAAGUGCACUCUGAUGACGACAGAGAAGAUGAGGCCGGCGAUCCUGAGGGCGCGGGUGAGGGCGUUGGUGAGGGCGAUCAGCUUCCAUUUGACGACGUUCGUCUGCCGGGUUCAGGCACCACAGUUAUGAUGGCCAUCGUGCUUUUAGCAUCGUUCGUUAUCGCUCAUGCGCUCUCUUGGGCGGCGCUUGACGAUUUGUUGUGCAUCAUGAACGCUAUCUUCGGCUGCAUUGCAAUGCCACCAUCCAAAUACCUUUUCCGCAAGCUGUGGAACAAGGACAAGGCUAACUAUUUCUACUACUGUGAAGCCUGUGAGACACUUCUGAACUUGGACAUGACCUGCGAGAUCUGCAACACCACGUACGAGUUAAGGAAACUUCGAGCUAAUGGCUGCUUCUUUGUGAUCAUGAAUCUUCGGAAUCAAAUUCAGCACCUAGUGAUAAGGAACAGGCAGGCACUUCAUGAAAACCUUGAGAAGAUAGCUGCAACUGCCGCAAAUGAAAACAUCAAUGACAUCACAGCAGGGGCCGCUUACAGAAAGCUUAGGGAAGACGGAACAUUGCGGUAUGGUGAUCUGACCAUUACAUUCAAUACGGAUGGCAGCCCACUUUUCAAAUCAUCAAGAAACUCAAUCUGGCCCAUCCAGUUCAUUAUCAAUGAACUUCCUCCUGAAAUAAGGUUCAAGCACCCAACACUUGCUGGUCUGUGGUUUGGGAAAAAACACCCUAAAAUGACCCUGUUCCUUGGCAAAUUCGUCGAACAAUUCAACAGCAUGGAGCCACUCACGUGGACCCACAUGAUGAAGACGUACCACAGCAAAGUUUACGCUCUCUGUUGUUGCGUAGAUGCACCAGCACGAGCAGCAGUGCAGAACUUUAUGCAGUUCAACAGCUUCUUUGGGUGUCCAUGGUGUCUCACAAAGGCUGAGCACAAAGAAGGAGGCAUGCGAUACCUAUCAUCGACCCCUGGACCAGAACGAACACCAGCAGGAGUAAUUCGGGAUGCACAACUGGCAGUUGAACUAAACACGGACAUCAAUGGUGUGAAGGGGCCCUCACCUCUGACGAACCUGAUGGGAUUUAACAUUGUCUGGGGCUACACGGUGGAUUAUAUGCAUUGUGUGCUCCAGGGCGUCUCAAAGCAGAUAACCGAGUUCCUUGUCAACUCAUCCCACUCACAGGCAUCUUUCUACAUCGGCAGACCAGCUUCUCUGAGGCUGGUUAACAAGCGCCUGCUGAGUAUACGGCCACCCCAUUGCUUCACACGACUGCCACGAGCCCUUUCGGAACGUGGGUUCUGGAAGGCGAGUGAGUGGAGACUGUGGCUGUUAUUCUACAGCUUGCCCUGCACCAUUAACAUCCUACCCGACCGAUAUUGGCGGCACCUGUCCAAGUUGUCCGAAGCAAUCUUCAUCCUGCUCUCCACGAACCUCAACGAAUCUCGGAUAAAGCAUGCCGAACACCUUCUGCAACAGUUUGUGGCUAGUGCCGCAAGCCUGUACGGUGACUCAUUUAUGCGUUUUAACAUCCACCAACUCCUUCAUCUUGGGAAGGCGGCACGGCAGAUGGGCCCGCUGUGGGCACAUUCAGCCUUUGUGUUUGAAUCCGGCAAUGGGAGCAUCCUCAACCUUGUGACAGCAGCGAAGGGAGUACCACUGCAAAUUGUUGAGCGGGCAUUAAUGGCCCAGCAAGUGGAGGCGAUCGUAAAUGCUGACAAGUUGCCUCAGAAACUCACGGAAAUCGCCAAGCGACUUCUAGGGGAGAAAAGAGUUCAGAAGAGCACUUAUGUUAGGGAGGUGUGCCUUCUCGGCACAGGCAAAGUCGUCAUUUUCACGUUGGCGGAGCAGGAGUGUUUUGUAAACAUGUUCGGACAAUCCUCAGGGACUGGCCAAGAGUAUCUAAGAAUGAUAUGCAAAGGUAAAGUGUAUCACAGUGUAAACUAUGUGAGAGCUGUCAAAUCUGACACAACAGUAUUUUCUACAACAGAAGGCCUCUACUUCAUUAUUAACAAAAUUGUCACCCUAACUAUCGCAGACGAAGAGAAAUGUGUCCUGUUAUGCACAAAAGUAGUGCCCAUCGAAUCGACUCAGUUUCCUGGCCACAUUAAAGAAUGCUUUGUGUCACAGCUUCUGACACCUUCUGUAAUUGAUCCAGAUGACAUUGAGGGCUGCUGCCUUUUGAUGGACUUCAGCUUUGAGGAUUGCAUGUACGUUGCAGACCUCCCGAAUUACAUCGAAAGAGACUAA